CACUUCUUCUCUCGAGUGUGUUGGUGUGGUGGAAGCUGCAAGCAACCCUCCCUUGCUGCAAAGGGCACCGUCUCGCUUCCCUUUCUCGGACAAUCCCCCCCCGCAACCACAGCGCCCGCUGUCCAAUCACAGCGCUCGUUUCGACGGCAGUUGCACAAUUCUCGCUACUGUGCGUUGCAUACACGUUACAUAACCUGCUCGUACCGUCGCCAUGGCCGCCAGAGAGCACCAUGGCCUGGGCGGCAUGAUCCCCGGCGAGAUCCCAAUCCCCCACGGCCCUCACGGCGACAACGACGACCGCGAUGACUUCCCGCUGGAUCUCGACGAGCAGCGUGUCUUCGCCCACGUUACCCGUCCCGACGACAGCUACACCCCGGAUGGCGUCUACUGGGCUGAUCUGCCCAUUGCCCAGCGCGUCAAGUUCGUCUCGGCCGUCGACCGCCAGGCCGCCGCCGAGGAGCUGAGCACCAUCUGGUCCAUGAUGAAGAAGGACCCGUUGUCCCCCGUCUCAUGGUAUUUCCGCAAUGCUGUCAUCCCCGGUGCUGGUCUUGGUCUGGAGGGCUACGUGCUCUUCUCCAUUGGUAACUUGUCCUCUCUUUUCGCCGCUGCCUGGCCCGAAUGCUGGGGCUCCAAGGCCACAGUGUGCGACCCCAACUGGAUUGCCGCUGUGACAUAUUUGGAAAUUAUCGGUAUCAUGAUUGGUCAGGUCAUCGUCGGUGUUAUUGGUGACUGGAUCGGUCGUCGCUGGGGUCUCAUCCAGGACGCCAUCAUCAUGUUUGUUGGUCUCCUCAUGCUUACCGCUUCCUGGGGUCUUACUCUGCAGGGCUGGGUCAUCUGCUAUGCCUGGUCUCUCUUCUUCUACUCUGUCGGUGUUGGUGGUGAAUACCCCAUCACUGCUACUUCUUCCCUCGAGAGCGCCGUCACUGCUGGCAGACUCUCUACCAAGGAGGACCGUCUGCACCGUGGUCGCCGUGUCACCAUGGCUUUCCUGAUGCAGGGCUGGGGCCAGUUCUUCAACCAGGUUAUCCUGAUUGUCCUUCUCGCCAUCUUCAACAGCGGCCGCGGCGGCCCCCCUUACUCCAAGGAGGCUGCUCAGUUCACCUUCCGUCUGUCCUUUGCCUUCCCCGCCAUCGGUACUCUGUGGCUCGUCUACUACAGAACCUGGAAGAUGCCCAACGCCUCCAAGCAGCUUGCUGAAGCCAAGAGCCGUACCAGCGUCACCGGCUACGACGUCACCGCCCUCAAGUCCUGCUUCACCAACUUCGGUGGCCGUCUGCUCGCCACCGCUGGCACCUGGUUCUGCAACGACGUUUUCUUCUACGGCAACAAGCUCUUCCAGGGUCAGUUCAUCAAGAUCAUCUCCGACAACCCCAACUCCCUCAUGACCGCUUGGUCUUGGAACUUGGUCAACAUUGUUGUCUCCCUCGCUGGUUACUACGCUGCUACCUUCCUUAUCGACAACAAGCUCUACGGCCGCAAGUGGAUGCAGCAGAUCGGUUUCUUGAUGUGCUUCCUCAUGUUUGUCAUCCCCGCCUUCAAGUAUGAGUACUACUCCAGCCCUGCCGGCAUCCACUCUUUCCAGGCCAUGUACUUCUUGUCGUCCUUCUUCAACCAGUUUGGUCCCAACUCUGUCACUUUCCUCGUUGCCGGUGAGGUUUUCCCCACCCCCAUCCGAGCUUCUGCCCACGGCUUCUCUGCCUGUAUCGGCAAGGCUGGUGCUCUGCUCGCCUCCAUCCUGUACAACUACAUCCCCAUCCAGACCCGAUUCUACGUUGUUCCCUGGUUUGGUUUGGCUGGUAUGUUCCUCACCUGGCUCUUCCUGCCCGACACCACCGGUCUCGAUCUCAAGGAGCAGGAGCGAAGAUGGCGCUACAUCCGUGAGGGCAGAGCCGACGAGUACCACGGUGUUGCCGUCCACCCCCAGCACCUUUCCCUGUGGGAGAGAAUGCGUGGCGCCAGCAAGUCAUACGACCCCCAGUUGGACUGGAAGCAGAAGGUUGAGGACAUGCGCGCCGAGUGGGAGGCUAUUCAGGCUGCUCGUGGACCUAAGGAGACCGAGGAUCAGCACGGUGUUCACGAUGGCGAGUUCUCUCCCGAGGUUCACGCCUUCUUCAAGCGCUCCAGCCCUGCUGUUCGCACUCAAGGCGGCGUCUUGAACGAGAAGAUUGCCACUGACGAGGCAUCUUCCGAGUAAAGACCUGCCUCCUUUUACCCCUUUUGAUACGAAAAGAAUGUUCUUUUUACAACUUUUUAUUUUUUUUAUUACAGUCUCUAUGAUUAACGCAUAAUAUGCAUAAAGGGGGUUCUCUUGUUUUUGUUUAUCAUUAUACCAUAUAUCCGGGCCAGUGGAUGGAGAGGUGUCGCGCACGUAAGCGGUGCGGAUAGAAUAGUGUUUUUGCGUGGUCGUUGGGAGAAGAAUCCAACGCUUGAAUGAUUUUUUGCGAUGCCCUAAAAUCGGCGAUUUCCUGCUUAGAUAGUCGGAUAUGGAAGCGCAUCGAGGAUGAUAUAGAGUAUCGAGUAUAUAUUAUAUAUACCAAAAGUGCAAAUGAUACGCCUUGCAAUGUGCAAUAUUCACAAAUUGUGUCU